CGUUACCAUAGAGACUACAUCACAAACCAAGCUAAAGUAGCUAAAGCAGCUAAACUUAUUAAAGUUUCCUCCAAGUACUCGCAGUUUUGCCUGAGUGAAAAAUGGCACAUAUAAGAACUUACCGCACACCUGUGAAAAUGGGAAACUGGUUUGAAGAGCAGCGCUUAAAAGAGGAUGAAGUAAAAGAACAUCUGGAGAAAAAAGAGAGGGGCGAGCUUGCUGGCCAGAAAAUGGACUUCCUCAAAGAGAACAUUUUAAAACCGGUGAAAUUCUCUGUGACAAAUGAUGGUACCCUGCACUUUGGUGAUAUUGUGAUGUUAGUGAACAUGGGAGGAGGAAACAGGGAGUGCAGCGCAGUGAGCAUCAACGCUGAUGUUAACAGCUUAACAAAGAUUCCUUUGCCCGGCGUUCAAGCUCCAUGUGCAGUCAGCGCAGUCAGGAGUGUCCAGCCGUGCACACGCACAGCUUUUGUCAUUACCAGUGUAGAUGGCAGUCCUGAGGGAUCCACUCUUCAUUUUGAGCAAAGUUUUGCCUUAAAGACAACAAGUGGCUUUGCCAGGGGACUUUACUUGACGAGUGACUUGCGAAGUUUUCAAAAGUGUGCAAAAAAGUCUCGCCUCCAAGAAGUAAGCCUGGAAGACAGCGAUUCCUUUCUGUCAUGGUGGAAGAUCGUUUACUUUGACCCCCAGGAAAGACUUGAAUAUGAGGGUCUGCCAGUUCCUGCUAAUGUGAAGGUGCUGAUUGUACACUGCAAGACAAACCAGGCUCUUGCUGUUCUGGGUGAUCACGUCCUCUGGACCAUGUAUGGCAAGGAGUAUGAGCUGACGGCUCACACAUUCUUGGAUUCCCAUAAAGCUGAACAGGACAACAAUCACUGGAUACUCUGCACCGCUGAUCCUACAGGGGAUGGACUUGUACUUUUCAAACAACCACAGUUGAUGGCUAAAAAAACAGAACUUGAGGCGCUCUCAGAAGCUAACCCUAGUGUCUAACACCAUCUGUUUUUAUGCUAAAAUGUUUUGUAACAAAGGUUGUUUUUUUUUCUGUUUAGGUCAUCUCUUGUAAUGCAGGAAGAUUCUAGGGCAAAAAUCAGUAACACAUGACCACCAACUGUUAAGUGUGUUUUACUAGAAGUAAAAAGUAAUAAUUUGAUAGCAAUGGUCACAAAUUUGUUAAUAACUAGUUUGUAAACCAUCUGUGAACAUGAUCUGGAAAGCUAUAUUAAAGUUGCAGCUGAUGUUAAUAAAAUAUUAAUAAUUAACACUA